AUGGGUGUCGCGCCGCGCCGCUCCCCUCCGCUGCCGGUGGCCCCGGUUCCGGGGGUCCCGUACGGCCCCGGUGACGUGCCGCGCGCCAGGCACGUGAUGCUGCCCAAGGACAUCGCCAAGCUGGUGCCGCGCACGCACCUCAUGUCGGAGUCGGAGUGGCGGAACCUGGGCGUGCAGCAGAGCCAGGGCUGGGUGCACUACAUGAUCCACGAGCCCGAGCCCCACAUCCUGCUCUUCCGCCGCCCGCUGCCCAAGAAGCCGGAGAAGUGA